UAAUCGUGGCCCUUAGAUUUGAGUUGAUUAUUUCCCUUUCCCCUUUUAUUCAUUUCAGCUGAACGAAUCCUCACAUAUCUCACUCUACAAGUACUAAAAGUAGAAACAACCAAAAGUAUUGCUCCAUCCAGACCUUCAUUUCGAACUUUCUUUAAGGCGGGACAAUCGAAAAAUCCUUCAAUUUGAGGAAUUCAGAAGAAUGGAUAAAUCUAAUGAAGAACUGGAACCUCUAUUUGAUUACAGACGUGUUCAGCCCUUCAAUACUCCCUUUAAUCUUGUCUGCCUUGACGAUGAUAGUCCAGACUCGUCUCCAGUCGUCUCAAAGAAACGGAAAAUGAUCGAUACUGCUGCCGAAAAGAAAGAAGACAAAAAGGAAGCAGUUCAAAUAGUUGACUGUGAAGAAAAAGAAGAGGAUUGGCUGCCACCUUCCCCAAAUAUUUCUGCUCAUACUAGUAACCUUGUUGAAGAUUCAACUAUAAAGGAAAUUAGGUUGAAAAAGAAAGAGCUGGCAUCAUUUGCUCAAUCAGCUAAGGAUGAGCUGCGAGAUGUUGAAGAAUCUGUAAAAAGAGAUCUUAGUGCUUCGCUCCAUUCACUUCAAGAUAGUGUGGCUGAGCCGCCAUCAAAACCCUCAACUGAAAGAGCUAAGAUAGUCAUUUCUAUCCAAGACAAGGAUGGAGCGAAACAAUUUCGGGUUUACAUGGAUGAUAAAUUUGAGAGGCUGUUCAAAUCGUACGCUGAUAAACUCAAGCUUGACCUGCAAAAUCUGGUUUUCUGCUUUGACGGGGAUAAAAUUAAUCCGACUGCAACUCCCAGUAGUCUCGAGAUGGAGGACGAUGACAUCAUUGAAGUGCAUGUAAAACCAAGUUGUUGAGGUUGAGUUCAUCCUGCGGCUGAAGGUGACUUCUCAAUUUGUGAAGUUAAUGUUCCAGACGUUCUGCUAUGCUUUUUUGGUCAGACUUUGGUCCUGCAACUGUACAGUAGAGGCUCUUCUAAAAAAAAAAAAAAAAAAAUUGGUGGGGCGAGGGAGGGUGAAUUUAACAUAGUAGGGGUGUGUUAGAGAAGUUCUUGGAUGUUGGAAGAUAGAUUUUGGAGUUUGGCGUUCAUCUGGUGCUUUUGUCCUCUAAUUGCAUUUUGUUUUUGUUCGAGGGGAGAAACCAGAAACGAGGUCUCCCCUCUGCGACGCAUAAGUGAUUGCCUAUGCGGUAUGUCAAAGGCUUAACCGGCUUUCAUCAUGUAGAUAAUAGCAAAAAGUAUAAUCGUUGUUUAACGUCUUAAGGUUUGAA